AUGACGACAAGAGAGUCAAGUGCAGUUGAUGUCCACCGAGAACUUGGAGAAUAUGAAAAACUGUCAGCAGCAAUAGCCUAUAUCGUCAUCGCUGCACUCGGUAUAUCUGGAAACAGCCUGGUCAUCGUCGCCGUCGCACUCUCUAGGAAACUCCAAACGAUCACGAGCAUCUUCGUCGUUGCACUGGCAAUCACCGAUCUUCUAACGGCAAUCCUCCAGAUCGUCCAGGCCAUCGUUCUGUUGUCGACGUCGACGUCGACUCUCUUGCAGGAUGUGUGUCGGGUAACAGCGGCAGUCAAUUUCAAUUUACUGGGAUACAGCGUCAUAACUUUGGCUCUUAUUGCCUUAUAUCGUAUGCAAGUUGUUACCAAGAAACCGGCGUCACACUUUAAGGUAACCCAAUGCAAGAGCAGAGGUCGCGAUGUAUGUUCUACAGAUAAGGGUACAAUAAUGGCGGCUUGUAAUCCCAUAUCAGAGAUUCGGAGAGUAGAGAGCGAACAAGCUCAACGAACAGGACAACCAGAAAUAUUACCCACAAUUAUAGGAAAGCUAUCGGACGUGCCAUUAGCGAAUCGAUUCACCACUUUGUCAUCAGAUGAAGCGUCCAGCACAUCCAACACAGACAGAAAAACACCCACCAAACAAACAGCUCAAGCUUCGUUUGACGUAUCCAUUUCAAGAUCUGCUCCGACGCCAAUUAUCCCUCUAGUUCCUACGACAGUUUAUCUGGACGAAAGUGAACAGCCAGGCAUGAUUAUGGAUGACGAUAAACUAUCAGGAUCUCGGCUUUCUUCAGCCACUACCGCUCCGUCGACCUGUCCACACAAUCAACACAUUUUCUUGAAAAAACCUACCGGAGGAAAAAUCAAACGUAACGUUCAUCAUCGGGAAAAUCCGAUGAAUGCCGAAUCGAGGAUCACCCUCAACAUGCUCCUACUCGUCGUGACCUUCUUUGCCUGUAUGACACCGUCGAUCAUCUUGCUUUUCGUGCCAGGAGACCAAGCACACAGCUGGAUCAGUUUUCUGAUCCUGUUCUCCAACUGCUGCUGGAACCCUAUGAUCUACGCCUGGAAGCACCCGGACUUCAAGCACACCUUCGGCUGCAUCGUCCGCGGAAAGUUCUGCAGGAUUAGGGACCCGGUACCUUGGCUUAGACGUCGAAUCAUUCAAAACUAA